AUCGAAAGUUUCAAAAUAUGUAAUACACACAAGGUAAAGCAACGAAAACGUUUAAGUUGACAUUAAUUUAAGAAAAAAAAGUAUUCAAUUGCGUUGCUAUCUCCAACAAAUCAAUUACCGUCUCGUCCUUUAAACAAGAUGAUUAUUAUCGAAGAAAAUAUUAGGAAUUUGCGAUAAUAGUAUACAAUUGAAAUAGGUAGUCAAUAUUUUUUUUUUACUGGCAUACACAGAAUGAUAUAAAAGAGGAGUUUACACAAUCGGUAACUGAGUAAGUUGCACAAAAUUAUGUGUUAUGCAUUUUAAAGUUUUAAUAAAUCUGUUAGCUGCUUUAGUGGCGGUCGCCACUGGAAAGUUGAAGAUUUCUACAACGCUGACUGAAUUGCACAACACAUGUGUGCAGAAAUCUGGAAUAACUGAAGAAGAACAUUUGGCAUACGACAUCCGCACCAGCAACGAUUACUCAAUGAAAAUAUUCCGGAUCUAUGUGAAAAAUCAUGAUUUUGACAAGUGUCUGCAUGAUGCUGACCCUGAAGCAAGGAAAAAUAUCGUUUGGAAACGAAACAUUUUCUUAUCGUCUUUCCUUUUCAGAACUGGUUUCUUGUUUAAGUAAUUGGCAGCUAAAAACUUUCCCUUAAUGUUAGAAGAGAAUAUUUUAACAUAAACCAAACAAGUGAGCUAAUUCAAAACUAUUAGUUUUUUUGAAGCAGUUGAACAACCAGCUACAGAUUGUAGGUAUAUUUUUAAUUAAAAUCUGUAUACGCCUUCCAACCGUUUUUAAGAUAGCAGUAAUCACCUACAUUGUAUUCAGAGCACCUUAGUUAAUAUGCGAAAGCUUUAGUUAAAUAAAUUUUGACUUUUAUAGUUACUUGCCUGUUUAUUUUAACUUUAUAUCUAAAUAAAUAUCCGCAUUAAGUUAAAUAUUUACUUUUACUUACUUGGCUACCUAUUUUCACUUUAUAUUUAAUCAAAUAAAAAUCCGGCCGGUGUGCCCCAGUAAGGCUAUUGUGGCAACUUUUUCUUUCAUGUGGACGGUCAGAUUGCUUUUCAUUUGUCUAUUACUUGAAUUAUAUUAUUGUGGAGGUUUGAAAGUGCUGGUUUUGAAAACCACCCAAACGCUCUUAAAAUGGAGUUAAAAUAGCUAUUUUCUGGAACAGCCUUUUAAUAGCGUCGAAAAACCAAAUAGGAGAGAAGUAAAAGUGAGAAACUAAGUCAGAAAAACAACAGCGCUCCUUAAACUAUUUAUUUCAACAAAUUCUCAAGUUACUACACACGAUAAAAAAUAUAACCAUUUCACUCCAAAAACAAAAGAAAAAAAAUUUAAGUAUACUUAUCUUCCUGCAGCUACAAUUAUUAUUAUUAAACAUACUUUCUACCGAAAUAAGGCAAUUUUUUUUUCUUAGCAUCGUUAUUGUAUUCAAAAUUAUCGUUCAGCGUUAUAAAAAGUAUGUUCAAUGGUUCUCAGUAAAAUGUUCACAUG